ACAGAACCACGCGAUGCUAUUACCUGUGAAAUGACUACAGAAUGCACGUAACGUUGUUCAAAUCACAUGCAAACGCAGGGCCAAGGCGGUUUCCUUUUUCCACACCCAUACACGUUCCGAGGGGAUUUCACCACAGACUAAGCACUAGUAUGUUUCACGAAUCGCGUCGGUUGCUGCCCUGUGUCUCCCUACUUGGUUGACGGUGCAAGGAGACUGCUACCGUGAAAGCAUGAAGUUAGCCAAGUUAGAGUGCUAUUUCACUGAAACUCUAGCCAUCAGAGUUUGGCGAUUAUUCUGAUCACCGUGUAGACUCAUAACAUUCUGAUGAUGUAGCACAGUCAGCUGUGAACCGAGAUUGGAAGAGACGUCAAUGCGAGGGUCAUAAUCACUGCUGUACGGUUUGAGUGAAUCACAAGAGUUGCUGUCGACAUCCGUUGUGAUGCUGGAGGAGUGUGGAAUGGCUCUCAUCCCAGUGCUGCCCACAGAUCGUCACGGUAUUCCUCUCCACAAGCCCAUAGGUGGACGCGCAGCAAUGUUCCUGGUACUAACCUUUCUGGUCAUCCUGGUACCGUUGGUGACAGCGCAGACAGUACAAUGUCCACCGGCAAGCACUGGGACGGCGUGCGAGUGCACUGGCUCGAAUCCCUGCAGCAACAAUGGUGUAUGCAGCGCCACAGAUCAGAGUAGCUUCACAUGCGACUGCACGGGAACGGGAUUCGAAGGAGCGGUGUGCGACGAAGCCAGCACCAACCCCUGCAUCAACGGAAUGAACAACUGUGUUGAAAAUGCUGCUUGCGUGCUGAUUAACCCCAUGUUCAAUAUCUUCGUGUGCGUCUGUGAAAUUGGAUUCGAAGGUGUUGGGACCGUGGAGUGCGCAAAUGUGAAUGAAUGUGACGACACACCAUGCGAUGACAAUGCAUUCUGCUCGGACACGGUGGGAUCAUUCACCUGCGCUUGCCAACCAGGCUAUGAAGGCGAUGGAUUUGACUGUCUGGAGAUCAAUGAAUGUGCAAUUGGAACUCACGACUGCCUGCCUCAGGCUGCAUGCGUCAACACUGAUGGGAGCUUCAUCUGCGACUGCGGGUUAGGAUUUCUGGGCAAUGGCGUCGACCAGUGCGUAGAUAUCAACGAAUGUGAUCAGGACCCUUUCCCGUGUGACGACAAUGCUUUCUGCACCAACACUUUCGGCAGUUUCCAGUGCAGGUGCCAAGAUGGUUUCCGCGGCGAUGGGUUCACGUUCUGCGAUGAGAUCAACGAAUGCGUUGAGGGACUUGAUAACUGUGGCCAGGACCAGGGUCGUGGCCUGUGCCUGAACGUCGAGGGAUCAUUCGCCUGCGUGUGCUUCACUGGAUUUGUGGCAGCAAUGGGCGGCACGGCAUGCCUAGAUCUAAACGAGUGCUUGCGGACGCCAUUUCCGUGCGACGACAAUGCAUUCUGCACGAACAAUGUGGGAUCAUUCAGUUGCCGAUGUCAACCAGGCUACAGAGGCGACGGAUUCAACUGCCAACAGAUUGACGAGUGUGCUGAAAACCUGGAUAACUGUGACGCCAACGCAGCGUGCAUCGACACAGAUGGUAGCUUCAUCUGUUCCUGCAAUCCGCCAUUAAUCGGUGACGGACGCACAUGUUCAGCUGGCUCUCAAAGUGACAAUGAUGGCAGCGUGAGCGACGGUGGGGAUGGAAGCGUGUCCAAUUCAUAGGAGCUCUGGAGUGCUAUGCAGCAAUGCUCCAGCGUUGGCAACUAGCACUCUCUGCUUUCGGCCCGGAUAUCUGACCACCACUAACGAUCUUCACAUGCUUGUAAUCAAGAGUACAUACCCCGGGGUUAUGUACUCUUGUUCUAAUGCGUUAUACUCGCUGAUCUCACUUGGGAGCACUAUGUGCGCAAAGACAUAAACGAACAAUGUAUGCAUACGUUGAUUUGCCUCGUUUUCUAGGUUUCUUGAUCGCGCGAGCUGAUGUGGGCAAUAUAGGCUAAAGAUCUUGAGAAUAAUUCUCAAUCAUAAGUUGCGUAUCUCCCGUCACACCGGGAAAGCUGCUGCAUGUAGAAGAUCCCUAUAAUUAUUAUAGUAGAGCUAGUUGGAACCUUUUCUUCUUCUUUUUCUAUUAACUUUAGUGUUAUGAGCACCGGCCAACUGGGAAACAUGUGGAAAGGAACAACAGAAAGACAGGACAAAACGUUGGCAUGGAGUAGGCUGACCUCGGAGGUUUUCAUCCUUUAGGUGCCUGAUCAAUGCCAUAUGGUCAUGAAACGCCGAGGUGCACAAAAGGACCCGGCCUCCUCAUCAUAGCCCCCCCCCCCCCCACACACACACACAAUGGUUGCCUCUUUGCUUUGUCAUACCACAACCGGCAUCCAACGCGGUGAACCCCUCGAUAGGCGAUUUGCCUUUGGGUCAUCCUAAUCAAGUUAUUAUAGGCAAGUUACAAGGUUCUAGUCUUGGCUGUCAGCGUUGAUAAAAUGUUUAGUUUUCCUUUUUCUAUUCUUCCAGAGCCUGACCGUAUUGUAAACUGUCUAUAUUCACAAAUAAAGGAACACCUUGGCUAG